CGUCAGUUAUAUCCGCCGUCGCAUCAGAACCACGUUGCUUCGUGAACGAGUAGUCGGGUUCUACAAAAGAGCACGUUUGUCUUUAUUCGAUUCGAAUUCUCACUCAUCGUCGUUUGGACUCCUGUUCGUUGAAGCUACAACAUGUCUGACGAAGGUAAACUGUUCAUCGGAGGGCUGAGCUACGAGACCGAAGAGGACUCUCUGGCUGAGGCCUUCGGCAAAUAUGGAACCAUCGAAAAAGUAGAUGUGAUCCGAGACAAAGAGACGGGCAAAUCCCGCGGUUUUGGCUUCGUGAAAUUCGACAGCGCAGAUGAUGCCGCCGAAGCACAACGCGGCAUGGACGGCAAAACCCUGGAUGGCCGAUCAAUUCGUGUCGAUGAAGCCGGAAAGAGCGGCCGCGCCAGGGGAGGCUUCGGUGGACCACGAGGCGGCGGAGGAUUUGGCGGGCGUGGAAGAGGCGGCGGAGACCGCAGCUACGGCGACAGAAGCUACGGCGACAGAAGCUACGGUUCCGAAGGCAGGUUCUCCGGCGGCAACCAGUACAGGAGUAGCGGCGGCAGCGGAGGCGGCGGCGGCGGCAGCGGCGGUGGAUACUCGAGCUACCGCGACAACCGGGGCCAGGGCGGAUACGACCGCGGCAAUUCCUACCGCGAUAGCUACGACAGCUACAGCGCUAACGAGUAACCCUCACCCCGAUUCAAGAUCACCACCUGGCUGGCUCCAUUUCUAAGAUGCGCUCCUCGAGAAAAAAUGUCCACGUGUUAUUGCUGAAUUUAGUUUUUGUAGUUCUGUUAGUAGCUCAAGCGUCUUAUAAAAUGUUGCUAGCCAUGAGCUAACCAACCCACGUUACAAAUUCCAGUUCCGGACUCUUACUUUGCUUGAUUUGGCUUCUUUAUUCCUCAAAGUCUGUUAACUAAAAGGCAUCUGUGUAAUCUGAUUAGUACUGUAAGUCUUCAAACGAGGACCGAAAGACUGCUCUCCACGUGGCCGCUACCAUCGCGCAAGACUUUGUCAAGCACGUUUCCUGAUUUUGAUUCCUGAGUUUUGUUUUUUAAUUUGAAAUAUCCUAUGGGCUUGUUUUUUUCCAUUGCUUAUUCCCUCUCCGUGGCUUACUUCCUGGCGGGCUUUAAAGUGAGGCAAGAGGCACUGAGUUAAUCACUGAGAGACUUGGUGGAUUUUUUUUUUUUACUAAACUUAGUCCAGCGGUCCAGAGUGAAUUCCUUUCGGACUGAAAUACAAAAUCGAAGUCUGUCCAUGUUCUCUUUUGUGCUUUUCUUACCAUCUGCGUUUUAAAUCUGUAAAAUGGACUAAUCUUGCUUAAGUGACCGAAAAAUGUAAUUUUGUUUUCCCGAUGUAAUCUCUCAACCUGGAACAGUUUUGUACUAUGUUCUUUCUAUGAUCAUUUUUUCCCCUUUGUCAGUUUGGCUUCAUGGAGCCUAUUAAACAGAUUGUGAAAAAUU